AUGGCAGUAGAAGAUCAAGAAGAAAGAACGCCUGAGGCCACAAGCCAUUCAGAACCAAGUACAUCUAACGCAGGAAAACCUAUUGUGUCGCUGAAUGCACCAUUCCCUAGAUGUUUGAUGAAAAAGAAUGAUGAACAACAAUUCAAGCGCUUUCUUGAGCUCAUGAGGCAAUUGCAUAUCAAUAUUCCACUUAUAGAGGCCUUGAAGCAAAUGCCAAAAUAUGAGUGCAACGCGUUAGUAAGCAACAGUCUACCUAAGAAACAGAAGGACCCUGGGAGCUUCACAGUCCCAUGCUUGAUAGGAGGGUUGGAUGUGGGACAUGCGUUAUGCGAUUUGGGAGCAAGCAUUAAUCUCAUGCCACUCUCAAUCUUUAAGAAAUUGGGAAUUGGCAAAGCACAACCCACUUCUGUUACUCUGCAGCUCGCUGACAGAACAAUCAAGUACCCUGAAGGAAAGAUUGAAGACGUUCUGGUAAAAGUUGACAACUUCAUAUUCCCAGCAGAUUUUAUCAUCUUAGACUAUGAAGUGGACAAGGAGGUACCAAUUAUUCUUGGACGCCCCUUUCUAGCUAUUGGGAAAGUUUUAAUAGACGUGCAUAAAGGAGAAUUGACUAUGCGCGUAGACAAUCAAGAGGUGAAGUUUAAUGUGUUUAAAUGCAUUAAUGUUCCCGGAUAG